AUGUUUAGAACAGCAGGAGUCUCAAUAAAUAUUGAUUGCUUAAAAAGGAAUUGGUCACGCUUUACUAUUAAAGAAAAAUAUGGAUACUUUGAAAGUGCAAUAAGCAAUCAUGAUGAUAAUGCAAUAAAAUUCAUCAUUCAAAAUUACGAAAGUGAUUUCAUCUGGAAUAAUUCAAAAAACAAAAAUGAAGAUUUAGUUUUAGCGCACACAUGCUUCAUUUUGGAGCAUGUCCUCAUUGGACGAGAUGAGUUUAUUAAUUACCUUGAAAAAUGCGAAUAUAAAUUCGAUAAAUUCCUAUACAGAUUCAAAGAUUGCUUCUUUUUCAAAACACUUGAUGACGUAGAUAGUAUUGAUUUUGCUCGUAACAAAGUCGAAGUUCUUUCAUCUGAAGAAAAUAUGAGAGGAACUCCUUUAAUCGAAGUAUUACUUCAAUAUUAUGAUCUAAACGAUAGCACUGAUGCACUUCUGAAAAAAGUCAUGGGAAAGGAUAUUCACGGAAUGCUUGACAGAAAUUUUUCUGAUUCAGCAAAAUAUCUUUUUGAUUUCAUGAACAAAAGAGUUUAUAAAUCAAACAUGAAACUAGAAUACGAUCCACAAGUUGACUUUCAAUUUGGUCAUGAGAAAAAGACUGCUCUUAUGAUUGCAGUUGAACAUAACGAUCUUGUAAUUGCAUCUAAAUUGAUUGAUCGUGGAGCAAAUCCAAACAUCAAAGAUGCAAAUGGCAACACAGCAUUAAUAAUAUCUUGUGAUAAAGUAUUUGAUCAAUUGACAGACUUCCUUAUUAAUCAUAAUUCCGAUCUUACAAUCAAAAACAAUGAAGGAAAAACAGCACUUGAUUUUGCCCUUGAAUCAAGAAUGCAUGGAGUUAUUGAUUUGGUCUUAAACAAAAUGAUUAAAGAUGGAAUGAUAACAGAUCCAUAUCUUAUUGAACUUGGACAAGUUUCUGCAUCAUAUCAUUUAUUUUUCCAUGCAAUAUGGAAAAACGAACCAUAUUUUUUAAGAUAUAUUAUCAAAAAAGAAUACAAAAACAUUAUCUUCGAUCAUGAAAGUAUUCUUAAAGACAAAUACAAGUUUUCUUAUGCAUCUAUUAUUUUUAUAAUCAUUAUAUUGAAGUACUUAUUCGAAGAUCCAAGAACUUUUACAAUUCUUGAAUAA